AUGGAGACCUUCAGGAGCAGAUGGCUGUCAUGGGGGCUGGUGCUGUGCUGUGCCUUCUGGAGACUCUGCCUGACCUCUGCAGACUAUGAUGAUUACUCUCAGAAUAGCACCCACGAGCAGGUGACACCAGAGGUCACAGCGUGCCCCCGAUCCAUUCCCAGUGAAAAGGCCACCAUAGACAAUGUCACCUACCUGCUGGUCCGUGAGGCCACGCGUGCUCAGCUGGGCAGCGUGGUCACGGUGAGGCUCAUCCCCUGCCUCUACAGCCUGGUCUUCCUGCUGGGGCUGCCUUCCAAUGGGUUGGCCCUCUGGGUCCUGGCCACCCGGGCUGAGAAGUUGACCUCCACAGUCUUCCUGAUGAACCUGGCUGCAGCAGACCUGCUGCUCGUCCUGGUGCUGCCCUUCAAGAUUGUGUACUAUUUCCUGGGGAACCACUGGCCCUUUGGGGAGGGCCUGUGCCGGCUGACCACAGCCUUCUUCUACGGGAACAUGUACUGCUCUGUGCUGCUGCUCACCUGCAUCAGCGCCGACCGCUACCUGGCCGUUGUGCACCCCUUCUCCUCGCGUUCCUUCCGCACCCCUGCCUUUGCUGCCGCCACCUGCGCCGCCAUCUGGCUCUGUGCUGCCCUGCUGACGCUGCCCCUGACCCUGCAGCAGCAGUCCUACCCCCUGUACGGGGCAGACCUCAUGCUCUGCCAUGACGUCCUCCCCAGGCAGGAAGAGGAGGCCUAUUUCUUCUACUACUUCAUCUGCCUGAUCGCCUGUGCCUUCCUUGUCCCACUGCUGGUGAUGCUCUUCAGCUACUGCUCGGUGCUGCACGUGCUCCUGCGCAGUGGGAAGCGCUAUUCCUACUCCGUGAAGCUCACAGCUCUGGUGCUUUUCACACUUGUGGCCUUCUACACUCCCAGCAAUAUUCUCCUCCUUGUUCACUACUCCAGCUAUAACUGCAAGCGCUAUGGCAACCUGUACAGCAACCUGUACAUCAGCUACAUGGUGAGCCUGGCCAUCAGCACCUUCAACAGCUGUGCUGAUCCCUUUGUCUACUACUACGUUUCUGAGGACUUCAGGAAUAAGGUGAGAAGGAAAUUCUUUGGUCAUAGGAAACAAAAUACCACAUCCCUAAAAACUUCCAAGGAAACACUGCCUCAAAAGAGUUCUAAAGACUCCCUGGUGUAA